AUGAGUGCACUUCAUGGCAAGUUGGUAAGCAACGAGGAGCUUGCGUGCGCGGUGCAGCGCAUCGUCUCCGUCUACGAACGUCAGCAGCAGAAUCUUCGUCACACGAACCCGAUGAUUCGUGAGGCGUGCGUGCCCCGCGUGCUCGUCGCAGUGGCGGGCCGCCCUGGUAGUGGCAAGUCAACCAUGGUUGCGCUGCUGGCAGAUGCUGUUCGAGAGGCGCUGAGCGACCAACCUGAUCCCAUGGCACCGUUCCGGAAGGUUGACAUCAAUGACGCAGAGAUGAACAGCAACGCCAGCGACGACCGUGCAGGCGCGGGCAGCGGCCGUGGUGUAGAGGUGUGCGUGAUGCCGAUGGACGGCUACCACUUCUAUCGCAAGGAGUUGCUGGCCAUGCCGAACGCGCAAGAGGCAGUGAAGCGCCGCGGCGCGGAGUGGACAUUCAACCCGAGCAAGUUGCGCGACGGCCUCGUCACUAUCCGAACGCCGAAUGAGCGCGGCCUCUACGACGACGUCUUAGUUCCGUCUUUUGACCACGCCGUCGGCGACCCUCAGGAGCGCAGCAUUCGCAUCCCCGGCUCCGCCGGGGUCAUCAUUGUGGAGGGCAACUACGUUCUCUAUCGUGGCACCCCGGAGUGGGCUGCGGUGAACGACAUGUUUGAUGUGAAGCUCUUCCUGGCGUGCGACCGUGACGUGUGCACGGAGCGUCUCUGCCAGCGUCACAUGAAGGCCUGGGGCAUCUCUCGCAAGGAGGCAAUGGUGCGCGCAAGCGGCAGCGACACCAUCAACGGCGACUUGAUAGAUACGACGAUGUCACACGCAGAUGUCGUCAUGCACUCCAUCAACGUUUCUGAGAGCAAGCUGUAA